AUGGGUUGUAUAUAAAGUUGUGGUGGUUAGUUCAUGGAAGAGCUUAGAAAGUAUGAGUAAUUCAAUUUGUUUAUCUAAAUUGUUGUGAGGAUGGUUAAUGAUUGUUGUUAUUGUUUUGAGGUCGUUGUUGGAGUAUGUAUAUGGAGAUAAAUUAUGAAGUUCGAGCUAUAGUUGGUUAUCCAGAAUGUCGAAUUAUUGGGAAUCGUUUAAAGGGUUCAUUGUUAGUGAUUUUGCAGGGAUGAUGUCGAGGCCGUGGAAUAUGAUUAUUUAUCAAGAAGAAGAGUUUUAUGUUAUGAAAUGGUGGGCUGAGGUUAAAGUUAGAUUGUUUUGUUUCAAAGUAUUCGUAAUCUGUUAUUUGAUUUUCAAGUUGUUAUAUUGUGGGCCCCUGACCCACAGAUCCAGGAUCGUUUUUAUAUGUUUUGUUUCCGCUAUUACAGGUGUGAAUAGAUGUAAAUUCGAGGUUUGUUAAGUGUUGAUUGUGUUUUGUGUAUCUUAAUUGUGAUUAGUUAGCAACUCGGAAGUGCGGGCUGUUACAUUAUGGCAUGGUGAGUAGGGAAAAUAUACUCAGGAUAGGGUUAAUGUUGAUGUUGGCACUAGUAAUUCAUUAGAAAUUGAUAUGUCGAAUAUCGGGGUUGAGAAUGAAGUUGUGGUAGAAGAUCAUGUUAGGAUUGAAGGCGAUGAUGUAGUAGGUGAUGAAAAUGACAACGGAGAUAAUAGUGACACUGAGGAUGAAGAGUUCGGUGAUCGAAUAGGUGAGAUGUUGGAAGGGGCUCGUGACCAUUUUAAUGAGCGGCCACGAGUGUUUGACAGUUUUUCUGAAGCUGCUGGGAAACCCCUUUAUCCAGGGUGUACAAAAUACACUCAAUUGAGUGGGAUUUUGACUCUUUUCAACAUAAAAGCGAAACAUAAUUUGACUGAUGUAGGCUUCACAGAACUCUUAGAAGCUUUACAUGAUAUGUUUCCUGAGGGUAAUUUGUUACCAAAAUCUACCUAUUAUGCCAAAAAAUUAAUGUGUCCUUUGGGUUUGGAAUAUGAGCGCAUCGAUGCAUGUCCGAAUGAUUGCAUGUUGUAUCGAAAUGAGUAUGCGGACCUUUAUGAAUGCCCGAGGUGUGGUAAGUCCCGCUACAAAUUGCCGGAUGGGGUUGUGCCCGGACCGGGCAAUACUGGGCCUUCUGCGAAAGUGUUGUGGUAUCUUCCAGUUGUGCCAAGGUUUAGGAGGCUCUUUUCAUUAAAGAAGAUGCACAAAACCUAA